AUGGUGCAGGGAAUGAGGCUAAGCCAAAACGUAAACACAGGGAAGCAGGUGCUGCUGACGGCGUGGAAAAGCGCGACCGACCCUGCGAUAGGGAGCUUCACCGGGGGGCUGGACACUGUGAGCGGGGCGCCACAGCUUGUCGUUUGGGACGAGGGGAGGCCGCACUGGAGGAGUGGGCCGUGGAACGGCCUGAUAUUUCUCGGGGUAAAGGAGAUGUUCUACGCCUACUUGGACGGGUUCUCUCAGGUGAGGAACGACAGUGUAGGGAAUUUCUUUUAUUCGAGGCCGCAGAAUAAUGGUCUUGUGACAAUCAGCUUGAAUUCUUCGGGUAGUGCGAUUCGGAAGUUGUGGAAUGGCGCGGCGAAGAGAUGGGACGUGGUGAUGGCGUAUCCUGAAAACGAGUGCGAUAUUUACGGAAAGUGUGGGGCGUUUAGUAGCUGCAAUGGUCUGGAGUUGCCUAUUUGUAGUUGUUUGAGAGGUUUUGAGCCUGUGAAUGAGGAAGAAUGGGGGAGAGGGAAUUGGACUAAUGGUUGUAGGAGGAAGAGCCAGUUGCAGUGUGGAGACGAUGGAUUUGAGAGGCUGCGGUAUAUGAAGGUUCCGGACUUUGCUCAGCCUUUGCCUUCGAGGGUUCAAGACGAGUGUCGGACCGCGUGUCUGGGGAACUGCUCAUGCAUAGCUUAUGCUUAUGAUAUUAACAUUGGUUGUAUGUUUUGGAGUGAUAACUUGAUUGACACUCAGGAGUUCGAUCGUGUUGGCAUUGAUCUCUACGUUCGUCUCUCUGCUUCAGAAUUUGAUAGGCACAAGGAGAGAAAGUUGUACAUCAUAAUUGCAGUAGUUGUGGGUUUUGUAUGCAUAUCUGUUAUGAUGUUUAUUGCUUGGUGGUUGAUGAAGAGGAAAGGGAGGAAAGCGCAAGAUUCAAGCAUUUUGGAAGCAGGACAGAUGUUCACGACGGAUUCAACUGCAAUCGUGCUAAAAAAUGAAACAAGGGAGGUUAAUAUUGGAGAUUUGCCAAAGUUCACGUUCGAGAUGCUUGCUAAUGCAACCAACCAGUUCCAUGAAGAUAAUCUUCUUGGGAGGGGAGGUUUCGGUCCUGUUUACAAGGGAGUUCUGGCAAACGAGAAAGGAAUUGCUGUGAAAAGACUAUCCGCGGAAUCUGGACAAGGGAUGCAAGAAUUCAUGAAUGAAGUAAUUCUUAUUUCCAAACUCCAACACAAGAAUCUUGUGAAACUGCUGGGAGGCUGUGUUGAGAAAGAAGAGAAGAUUCUGAUAUACGAAUACAUGCCAAACAAAAGCUUGGACGCUUGUCUCUUUGGUCCUACAAAUCCAACAAAGAAGUUGUUAGAUUGGAAUAUGCGUUACAGCAUUAUCGAGGGCAUUGGGAGAGGCAUUCUGUACCUUCACAGAGACUCAAGACUAAGGAUCAUUCACAGAGACCUUAAGCCAAGUAAUGUUCUGCUUGACCAAGACUGGAAUCCAAAAAUCUCGGAUUUUGGGAUGGCAAGAAUAUUCGGAGACAAUGAAGACCAUGGCAGUACUGCAAGAGUCGUGGGAACUUAUGGAUACAUGGCGCCAGAAUACGGAAUGGAAGGCAGAUUUUCUGAAAAAUCUGAUGUAUACAGCUUCGGAGUGCUGAUUCUGGAGAUCAUUAAAGGAAAAAAGAAUACACACUAUUUCAAUGAUGAAUGGUCAUUGAGCCUUAUAGAAUAUGCGUGGAAAAUGUGGAGUGAGGGCAACGGUUUGAGUUUCGUGGAGGAAAGCAUUGCAAGUAGGGAGACUGAGGAAGAGAUAGUUCGAUGCAUUCAGAUAGGGCUGCUUUGUGUGCAAGACUAUCCCAAGGAUAGACCUUCCAUUGAACUCGUGCUUUCGAUGCUAAGUCGUGAUAUUGUGGAGCUACCAGUGCCUAAGCAGCCAGUGUUUGCAGAAAAUGGUUCGACACCAGGCCCUAAUGGAUCAACACAGCAAAAUGUUUACUCCAAUAACGGGCUCACUCUCAGCGUGCUUGAGGGACGAUGA